AAAGUAUUUGAUCCAAUAAUUAAGUUCUUAUUCAACAUUUACUGAGCAUCAUGGCUGCUGAGGCAUCCCAACCUAUUGAGACUCGUUUGUUCAUUAACAACGAGUUCCGCGAGUCCUCCGACAAAAAGACCUUCGAAGUCGUCUUCCCCUACACCAAGGAAGUCGUCGCAAAUGUUCACCAAGCCUCCGUCGACGACGUAAACGACGCCGUCGCCGCCGGCAAAGCAGCCUUCCCAGCAUGGCGCGACCUCGGCGUCGACGGACGUGCCCCGUACCUACGCAAGCUAUCCGAGCUCUUCCUCGAAGCCAACAAUGAACUCGCUCGACUUGAGACGCUGAGCACCGGCCGACCCAUCUCGCAAUUCGUCGACGCCUACAUGUCGUCCGAGAUAUUCCGGUACUACGCCGAUGCCGCGUGGAACUCGCAAGGUACCGCGAGUACACACACCCCCGGGAUACUGAGCAUGACAGUCAAGGAACCAUAUGGUGUCGUGGGACUGAUCAUCCCAUGGAACUUUCCACUGGUGAUGUGGAGUCACAAGAUCGCUCCAGCGAUAGCGGCGGGUAACACCGUUGUGUUGAAGAGCAGUGAGAAGGCACCGUUGACUGUGAUCCAUCCUCGCCGCAAAACUCGUCCAAAAAGCCGGCUUCCCCCAGGCGUCAUCAACAUCGUCGCCGGCUACGGCAAUCCAACCGGCACAACCCUAGCCGAACACAUGGACAUCCGCUGCAUAAGUUUCACCGGGUCCAGUCUAACAGGCCAAAAGAUCCAAGUCGCCGCCGCAAAAUCCAACAUGAAACACUGCCACAUGGAACUCGGCGGGAAAUCGCCCGCCGUCGUCUUCGAAGACGCAGACCUCGAAGCCGCCGCAACCCAAACACAAUUCAGCAUCCAGUUCAACAGCGGACAAGUCUGCGUCGCGAACAGCCGUGUCUAUGUGCAAGAAAGUGUGUACGAUAAGUUCGUCGCGAUUUUCCGGGAGAAGUUCGCUGCCGUCAAACUGGGUGACCCGCUGGACCCGACUACUUCGCACGGUCCGCAGAUCGAUGCUCUGCAGUAUAAGCGUGUGCAGGAGUAUUUGGGUGUGGGACAAAAGGAUGCAUCGCUGACGCAGGGUGGUGAUGCUAAUGAUGGCUUCUUCGUGAAACCGACUAUCUUUGAGAAGGUGCCGGAGGAUUCGCGGCUGAUGCGGGAGGAGGUGUUUGGUCCCGUCGUGGCGAUCAACACGUUCAAGACGGAGGAGGAGGCGGUGCAGAAGGCCAACGAUACUGAGUUUGGACUGUACGCUUCGGUCUUCACCAAGGAUUUGGAUCGUGCGGUGCGCAUGUCCAGGGCACUUCAGGCGGGUCUAGUAGGUGUGAAUUGUACCAGUCCGACCAAUGCGAAGGAUGCCGCGUUUGGUGGCUAUAAGAUGAGUGGGAAUACUAGGGAGGGCCUGCUGUACAGCAUGGAGAACUUUGUACAGAAGAAGUCUAUCUUGAUCAAGUCGGGAUAGGGCCUCUUCCAGAAUAGUAGAACAUCUGUCGCACCGAGUUAAGUGAUCAGCUAGCUUACCAGGCACCAUCACGCUUAAGAUAGUUUCCCAAGUCAGGAUAGUCAGAGCAAUCGACUACAUGUACCAAAUCAAGCUCACUUUGUAC